AUGGACUUGAAUGAUCAUAUAGAGAGGGUUCUAUGGACCGAGGAACAACUCGCUGAACGAAUAUCAGAGCUAGCCUCUCAGAUUACACAAGACUUCAAAAACAGUUCACUUUCAUUCUUGGCUGACCUCGUUCGAAAAAUCAAAUUGCCAGUCACCAUCGAUUUCAUUCGAGCUGAAUCUUACGGGUCCGGUACCAAAUCGAAUUGCUCCCCGAGGAUUUCGUGCGAUUUGAAACUCGAUGUCCAAGGGAAGCACGUGAUUCUGAAAAUGCAAAAACUCAAUUCGGUUUCUGUAGCUUUCUGCAAUCAAAAUGGUUAUUGA